AGACCACUCCCUUCCCUAGGCUUCAAGCAAGCUGUAAUCUUACGAGCCAGUCAUUCCCUUGUGUAUACGCUCUUUCAACUUCAAGUCUGAUACAGAUCAUCUGCACCGAAAACUUGUGUCAUUCCUGCUCUAUAAAUCGCAUAAAUGCGGGUCACUACUAUUAUCGGUUUUCUCUCUACAAUCAUUCCUUUAAGUUUCGCCAACAUUCAUGGAAACCACUGGGGCAGACGUCACCAAGAUCUCGCCAUCCGCGCCCGUGGUGAUGUAGACGUCCUUAAGCGUUCCUUCGAUAAUGCUCGCUUCACCUUCUAUGAUGUCGGCUUGGGUGCUUGCGGGGAUUACAGUUCUCCUACUGACUUUAUCGUGGCACUAAAUGUCGAUCAGUACGGCAGCGGAUAUCCUGGCCCAAUGUGCUUCCUUUCAAUCACAAUUUCUUAUGGUGGAAAAACAGCCCAGGCUGUUAUCAUGGAUGAGUGUAUGGGCUGUCCUUAUGGUGGACUUGACUUCUCCACCGGUCUUUUCGACUACUUUGCGUCUGCGUCAGAGGGUGUGAUCUACGGAUCAUGGUGGUUCAAUGACGGAACUACUACUCCGUCAACCACUACCACCACCUCGUCAUCCUGGACUCCGGAGCCUACCACCUCGACUCCGACUCCGACUUGGACUCCUGGGUCUACCACCACCCCGACUCCGACGCCGACAUGGUCACCUCCUACGACUUCAUCUACUUCCACCACCUCUACUUCUACCACCCCGACUCCUACCACCCCGACUCCGACUCCGACUCCAACCCCCUCAACUUCUUCUACCUCCGCUUCAAUCUCGUCUGCAUCAGUCAAUUACAACUCAGGUGUGGGCAGUGGGAUUGCUAUCCCCACUGCGCCCGCUGUGGCUGCGCCAAACAGCACCAACCCCCAGAUUCUUCUGGGUUUGAACCAAGCUUUGAUUGAGAUCGCGAUCAUGCUAGCAGCUGAAGAGAACGGUAUUUGAUGUUGUACGAAGGGACAUUUCAUUUGGAAUGCAAGACGCAGUGUCUAUCUUUAUUACAAUAUUUUGCUCGAUCGCUUCUUCAUGAACAUUUUACACAGCUCCUCUGCAUGCUGAGUCUUAGAUUUGUCGCAGUGCUGUCGAUACCCUUUUACCUCAACAUUUCAUUGCAUAAAUAUGGUGGCUUCGAACUUGCUAGUCAUAUGUUCUCGUAGUCAUACAUAUUGUAAAAUUUAUGUUGUUGUUUUUUGAGUUGAACUCAAAUCAUGGAG